CGUGCUGUUUUACAAAAAACGAGAGACUUCAGUCUCUCAUUUUUUUCUUUCAGGCAACGGUAGAAAUUGCGUGUAAGUAAUUGAGACCAGUUAAUUUGUUUGUGUAACACAUUUAAUCUUGUUAACUUGGCUGACAAUAUUCAGCAGCUUACCACAUGGUUUACUGGCUUUGUACCUUCUUAUAGAAAUUGAUAGUUGGGUAAGAGUAAGCAUCUCUGUGUAUAUAUAUACUCACACUUAAGUGUUACUUUUAGGAGUUGAUAAAAUUAAUUGAGAUAUAGAUGUGAGAAAAUAUUGUAGCUAAAACACUAUACAAUGCAAGCAUCAUGUCUUGUGGAAGGUUCAUCAUCAGGUGUGAGGAAAGGUGCAUGGAGUCAAUUUGAAGAUGAGCUUCUCAAAGAUUGUGUCCAACGUUUUGGGGAGGGAAAAUGGCACUUAGUUCCUGAAAGAGCAGGAUUGAAAAGAUGCCGCAAGAGUUGUAGAUUGAGAUGGUUGAAUUAUCUAAAACCAAAUAUCAAGAGGGGAGAAUUUAGUGAAGAUGAAGUUGAUUUGAUGAUUAAAUUACACAAACUUUUGGGAAACAGAUGGUCACUUAUUGCAGGAAGACUUCCAGGAAGAACUUCAAACGAUGUGAAAAAUUAUUGGAACACAAACAUGCGUAACAAAAUACAUUCUCAAGAGAAAGACAAGACCAUUAUGAAGGAAGUAAUUGAAACAAUGAAACCUAAUGAAGUAAUAAAGCCUCAACCACGAACUUUCUCAAAAAAAUUGUUGGAAGGAAAUAAAUUUAUUGAUUUAGAUGAUAAUUGUUCCAAAAAUGGUAUUAAUGAAGUAGGUGCUACUUCAUUGGAAGCAAAUAAUUGGUGGGAUACUUUGUUUGAAGAGGAAAAAGAUAAUAAUUAUUCAUGGGGUAAUGGGUUUCUUCAAACUGGCUUUUGGGAUGAAGAGCUUAAUUCAAUUACAACAAAUCCUUUUGACUUGCUUAAUGAAAGUCAAAUUUGGAGUGAAUUUCUUUCUCAAACUUGAUUCAUUCUUUGCAAAAUAAAUUUCUUUUAUUAUGUCUAAUUGUUCAAAAUAUAUUAUGUCUUAUUGCAAAAUAUAUUAUGUCGUAUUGUUCAAAGUAUAUUAUGUCUUAUGUAAAGCUUAAGAUUAAGGUGGCUUCUAGGGUGUUAAAGUGUUUCACAUAAUCUAUGAUUUAUGAUCGUUUGAAAUUCCAAGA